UGUUCUAAAGAAGUGAAAUCACAGGUAAGCAUGUUGUAAUAUUACUGCAGCUUUAGUAUUUAUGAAUUAGCCUAAAGUUAUAUUCAUAGAAGACUUUUGUAUCAUUCGAGAUUAUAAUUUUUUUAAUAUGUAGUGUACCGUUUGCUAUUUCAAAUAAUUAUUACAUUUGUAAAAUAUAAAAAAAGUAUAACUAACAAGUCAUCAGCUGAAAAUGAUUAAAUGGAAGAAGUUUCUGAGAAACCAACAACCACAAGAAAUUACACCUGUUACUCUUUAGUAAAAGUUCUACCUAUGAUUAAUUUUACAGAGCAAAAAUAAUCUAUUAUGUGCCUCAACAAAGGUAGUUUUCUGAUACACAUUUUGGUAUAUUGUACUUAUCAACAGAUAUCUAAACCCUUGUGAAUUGCAGCAACACAGCAGUAACAAACCCCAUGUGAUUAAAGAUGUUUUAUUGCAAUAUAAUUCUUAGUAUUACUUUUAGAUCCAAGAAACACAAAUAGCCAAGUGUGUCGGAGAUAUUAUAGACACCAUGGCUGCUGGUGGAAGAAUGCCGAUGGCCCAAUAUCGGGAUGGUAAUGGUAUCAAACCGCUUCAUCAAUAUCAAGUUGUCAAAAAAGAGAAAUUUACACCGAUUCCACUUGCUGCUGCAAAAAAUGAGGCACAAGAAUCAGCAUCUGAACGUGGAUCCGAAGCGUUCCAUGUAAAUGGAGAAAAUGGAGGUUGGGGCGCUCAUUGGAGAGGAUCACAAUUCAGAGCAUAUCGAGUAAGAAGAAGACAAGCAGAGAUGAAGGGAGGAACAAAAACCACAAUACGGAGUGAAAAUGCCUCUAGUGAUGAAGAAAAAACUACUUUAAUUCCAUCUCGGAAUGACGGUAGUAUUGCUGAAAUACCACGGCAUAACCUGUGCUCAAAACAAAUACCUACACCUGUUCUAUCUGAAGUUGCUGGUACAAAAGACUCGGAAAAAACAAAAUCCCAAGGACAAGAAUCCUUGGGUGAAGGGUUUCAAGGCAGGGGUGCAAGAGGAAAAGGAGCACAAUUUAGGAGACAUCAAAGGAGAAGAGGAAGAAAACCAGAGGUGUGUCGUCCUAGGGAUUUUACUACAAUUGGGAUAUAAUUUUUUCGUGAGGCUAAAUCAUUGAAAGAAUAAAAUAUCCCAUUGCAAUCACCAAUCUACGUCAAUGCACCCCUGCUAACAGUGAUUGUCUCAAUGAAGCUCUUGUUGGAACAGGGCGGAAUGUUGAAUGUAAUAAAUUGUAGUAAUUUGCAUCACAACUAAAGACGUACUAGUAAUCAGGGCUAUGUUGAAGCAAAGAAUAAAAUAAACUGAUCCGAGUACCAGCAGCGAAUGAAGCAAAGUCAAUAAUAUGAAACCAAAAAAACCAUCUCUUAUUUCAAAUGGCAGAGCUAUUCACAAAGCUCUUGAAAGGAAACAACUUGACCAUGUUUUUACUAGAAAUUAGAAACUUGCUCUAAUUAGGACAGCUCUAAAAUAUCUCCAAGCGCAUAUUAAACAACAAUAUAAAGAACUUCAUACAACUUGCGUGACUGUCUAAGCCAGCGACCAUACUAGUUAAAACUGAAAAUAGUUGCAUAGUACCUGUGUCAAUUACUCUAAACCUUUGUAAAAUUUAAAAUUGAGAAAAACUUAACCUAACCGAUCUCCCUUCUCAGAACCAGAACCAAAUUAAAGGUAUUAAGUCCUACUGCACUUGUGGUUUUCAAGCGAGCCUCUGAAGAAUUCUAUAAGAAAGCAGAUGCCAAUUAUGUGCCCUAUAGUUUGAGACUCAGCUCUACGCUCAAAAGACGUAAUUCCUUGUUAUAUAAUUCUCCAAUUACACCUGCGUACUAUAUUGUGAAAGCGGAGUUAAGAGUAUGUGACAAAGGUUGGUUACCUACAUUUUCUGUUUGACAAUGCAGUUACUCCCACUUUAAAAAUAAUCUUUAGAGGAAAUCCAACUGGAAUAAAAAGUUAGUUUUUAUCACCUGGAAUGUUUGUGGUAUUGUGGGUUGGAAAAAUUGGUUUACAAUGUCCAAGGAAAAACAGUUGUAGAGGGUUGUAGGGGUGAAUAAGAUCUUAGUGUACUCCAAGUAUAACCUCUUACAUUUAUAGUUUGGCAGGUCGAUUAUGAGUGCUGAUAAAAGAAAGAGAUGUUACCACAAGUGUAACACUUACAACUUUCAAGGUUCUUAUCUAGUUGAGUAUUGAUUUCACAAAAAUUAAGACUGUUCAGUCCCAAAAGUUAGCAGUAUUCAGUAUCAGAAUGUACCACGGACUAUGCAUGCUAUUCUUGUAAGUUUUUGACGCAUGUUUACCAAAGCAAGGAUAUACAACGUUGGUCUUGCUUCGUACCUAGCUUUUACCCAAUGACUUAGACAAGGAUCCCAGGCACUUCUAUUUAGCGAUGCUAAUUUUGUUUAGCAUCUACUUCAUCAAAUACGAUCCAGAGUUCAAUAUUGGCUAGCCUGGUAUUAAAUUCAGCACAAGAAACCUCAGUUUUUGAAAUAUAAAACAGGUUGCAAGGCCAUUGGUUAAAGCCUCCCCAGCUUACAAAUUUUAUGGUUGUCGGUUCACAAGAGCAAUGUCAAUGGGCUAUUAAUUAACAGCUGAGCCUAAGGAACAUGUCGCUUUAGUCACUAUCAAGACUACAACAUUGCAACACUCAUAUUUGGGUUAAAAUAAAA